CACAAUUUUUAAAAUAUCUAUCAUGGGAAACUCGAAGUCAUGGCCGUUCAUAACCCUUCGUCGGGCGCAAUAGGCCUGACAGGCACAGCAGAUUUGUUUUAGUUUCUCUUGAUGCCACUAGGGUGCGUACAUCGCUAGUCUCCAGGAUACUCGCGUCAAUUUUGAAGGUGUUGAAGAUUCCUCAUACCAGUAGCCGUUCUGAUUGUGUGUUGAGGAGAUCUGUCUAUCUUGGCUUCUCAGGCCAGUUGCGCCUGAACUCGUCCAUUUUUUGAAGUUUUACUGGAAAAAUGGCUCGAGAAACGUAUGAUACGACCAAUCAGAAAAAUAUUGAAGAGCUACGACGUUUCCUUGAGGAUGAUGAUGAUGAAGACCCAGCGGCCAAUGAGGAUUUGGGAGAAGAAAGUGACAUCGAUUCACAAGAUGAAGUGGAGGAACAACAAGGUGAUUCCGAUACAGAGCAGGAUUGUGAUAAGUUUAGUGAUGAUGAAGAUACUACGAGUGAAGAAACAGAUGAGACAUUUUUUUUGGGCAAAGACAAGAAGACUAAGUGGUUGAAAAAGUCACCUGGAAGCACUUUUCGUCGGGUACAAUCUCAAAAUAUUGUAACUCAUCUUCCUGGUGUAAAAGGUAAUGCAAGAAAUGCUAAAUCUGCUUUUGAAUGUUGGAGCAAUUUAUUUACUGACGACAUCCUUGACACAAUUGUAACAUGUACAAACCAAUACAUGAACUCUAUCAAGGACCAAUUCUCUAGAGAACGAGACAUCAAGCCUACUGAUGUUAUUGAAUUGAAGGCUUACAUUGGUUUGUUGUACCUAGCUGGGGCAUACAAAGCAAAUCGGCAAUGUCUAGAAGAACUUUGGGGAGCUGAGGGUGAUGGUGUAGAGAAAUUUAGUCUUGUAAUGAAUCUGAAGCGAUUCAAGACUCUAACACGUUGCCUCCGUUUUGAUGACCGGACAAAUCGAGCUGAUCGAAAAAAAUAUGACCGUCUAGCUCCUGUUAGGGAGGUAUUUGAAAAGUUUGUGGAGAAUUGUCAGAAGAGCUAUUGUGUUGGGGAGAACGUGACUCUUGAUGAAAUGCUUCCUGGUUUUCGAGGUAGAUGUAGCUUCAAGCAGUACAUACCAUCUAAGCCAAACAAGUAUGGAAUAAAAGUGUAUGCUCUCGUAGAUGCCAGAAUGACGUACACUAUGAAGAUGGAAAUAUAUGCUGCAAUAAACCAACUGAUGUAG